UCAAUAAGUUGAAUGGAAUAUUUUCUAGGGUGUUUUACUUCCCACUUGUUCAAAUAAAUUGUUUUGGGUUUUAGUCAAGUAAUUAUAUUAAAUUUAUGGAUUACUCUGUUAUCUAAAGGCAGUCAAGUAAUUAAAUUAAAUUUAUGGAUUAGUCAGUUAUCCGAAACCGUUAGAUGAAAGUUAAUGGAUUGCAGUUUCUUACCUUGAAUAUGAUAGUAAAUAUGCAUUAUCAUUGAUGUGGAUGUAUGAUUAUGUUUGCCUAUGCUUCUCUUGUAUGGUAAAGCAAUUUUGAUCAUGUAACUUUAUCAAUUUGAGGUCCGAAAUAAAUCCUCUGCUAAACUGGAGCUGCAAUUACUAGCAUGUCAAAAGUGGACCUUUUCAAAUCUAGAUUCAGCGAAAAACUCUGAAGUUUUUAUAGGAUGGUGAUCUCAUAAAUUUCUCCUUUUUUUCUGGUUAUUAGUUCACUUCACCCUUGUUCGUUUGAGUCACUUUAAUCUAGUUGAAUCACGAUAUUUUACCCGGGAUAAUUCUUUAAUUUGAUUAUUUUUGAGUUUUAUGAUUGUUGAUGCCUUCUUGAUCUAUUACUGUUACGUACAACCUUGUUAGUUCUUCCUGUUUAGAUGAAACCCUGUAACAUUCAAGAGACAAAACUAGUGUCCUUGUUUCUACAUCUUUCUAUUUCUAAAAACGUUUGCUUAGUGUGAUAAUUAUGAUUUUACUCUGUUCAAUGCAACGACUCGAUGAUGUUGAUGAACCCUAUAUUAACAAUGAUCCAAGGGAGGAAGAUGUCUCCCGGCAAUUACAUCAAGCUGAUGCUGAAAAUAUCAAAUUGUUUGAGAGUUUUGAUUUAUAUCAGGCACACUCAGAGACAUACAAUCGCUUUGAAAGAUUUGACAUUGAAGAAGAUGAGGAGACACAACUGAACUUCACCUCAGGAGAGCAUAUGGAGACCCCAACUACUCUCAUGCCCUCCCCACCCAGACAGGAUGAAGCUCCAAGAGAUGAAGAAAUCCAAGACCAUCCAGAAAAACAAUUCAAUCAACAAGCUGAUGAAUGUAAAGCAACCAGACCGCAGGAUCAGCAGAAGCAAGGACUAGUUAAGAGGAAAACAAGAAAAAGACAUGCAGCCCCUGCAAUGGAUUAUGAACAAACCAUUAUUCCUGGUCCAAUAUACCAGUCAUGGCUUCAAAAUGCUUCUGAUAUUGUAUCAAGAAGAGGAAGAAAAAGAAAGGCACGCAGGGAUAUUAUGUCUGAAAUGAAGGUUGCUAACCUCAUGGAUGUUCCACCCACGGUACUUGUUGAUAAUUUAUGGACAAAUGAAAAUAAAGCAAUCUAUUAUCCAGCACCUCUUCUGCAGCUCUGGAUUAAAAGUACCCAAAGUCCCCAUGAAUCACCUUCUGUAAGUACUUCCCUACCCUUGCCUCCAGAACCAUCAUCAUCAUCACCACCAGAGAGAGGACAUUAUCAAGGUUCAAUGGAACAUCCCUUUGAAGAUUUUUACAGUGGAGUUGGCUCUCAGUCACUGGGUGUUUCCAUAGAGAAACAGCGGAACACCGUUGUCAAAGAUGACAUGCCAAUGGAAAUCCUCAUGGGAGAGCUAAAAAACAACCUUAUGAACAAUGGUAAGAAGAUAACUGAGGCCAAUCUUGUGACACCUGGAAAUUCUGUUUUUGCCUCAUGCAAAUUUACAGCAGAUGAGGUAAGAUCCAUCCCAAGCUCAGGAUCAGGACAUGGCAUGCCAUUACAUCAUUUAGAAGUUCAUUCAGGAAGAUCCAACAAGAAAAGGCCUUACUCCUCUUCUAGACACAGUGGCAGUAGCCUGGAACCAGUUGAAGAAGAGAAUUCAAGGCAAUUUUCAGAUCCGAAUUUCAGAUUAUCAAGGCUGACUGAAAAUGACCCAACACCUGAUCAAGAACUACUGGUGGAAACUGGACCUACACAAACUCAACUUCCAGUCAUCAGUCAGCCUGCAGACAAGAUGACUGAUACUAUCCGAUUGCAAAUGAAAGCACAUUUUGAAACUCCAGGAGCUCCUCAAGUAGAAUCGUUGAACAAACUAGCUGCUGGAAUGAACCGAAAAGGAGCAGCGAUGCUCUUUUAUCAAACUUGUGUUCUUGCUUCGCGUGACUUCCUAAGAGUUGAACAAAAAGUGCCUUACGGGGAGAUUCUCAUCUCUAAAGGAGGAAAGUUGUGAUGGAUAUAUAUAUAAGGUCAGCACUCAUUACUUCUUGCAUAUGUCUAUACUUUUCAGAAUUUUCUUUUGUGUUUAUGUUCUAUAAUAACAUGGUUAAGACUUAAAACUUUACUCAUAA